AUGAAAGCUGAAAUGAAAGCUGAAAACACUAAAUCAUUUCUUCGCCAUUUGGGAGGAACUGCUCCACCAGAUGACAGCUGGAAGGGAAGUCUUAAUGUGAGUUAUAAUAUUGGGCCUGGCUUUACCGGGGGUGAUUCUUUCAGGAAGGUUAGAAUGCAUGUGCAUAACACCAAUAAAAUCACAAGGAUUUACAAUGUAAUUGGAACUAUCCGAGGAUCUGUGGAACCUGACAGGUAUGUUAUUCUGGGAGGUCACAGGGACUCCUGGGUAUUUGGAGCUAUUGACCCAACCAGUGGGGCUGCUGUUUUGCAAGAAAUUGCCCAGAGUUUUGGAAAACUGAUGAGUAGAGGCUGGAGACCCAGAAGAACUAUCAUUUUUGCCAGCUGGGAUGCAGAUGAAUUUGGACUUUUGGGUUCCACAGAGUGGGCUGAGGAGAAUGCCAAAACACUCCAGGAGAGAAGCAUUGCUUAUAUCAACUCAGAUUCAUCUAUAGAAGGCAAUUAUACUCUAAGAGUUGACUGUACACCCCUUCUUCACCAAUUGGUAUAUAAACUGACAAAAGAGAUCUCUAGCCCUGAUGAUGGCUUUGCGGGUAAAUCACUUUAUGAAAGCUGGUUAGAGAAAGACCCUUCACCUGAAAAUAAAAAUCUUCCUAGAAUCAAUAAGCUGGGAUCUGGAAGUGAUUUUGAAGCUUAUUUUCAGAGACUUGGAAUUGCUUCAGGCAGAGCCCGUUACACUAAGAAUAAGAAAACAGAUAAGUACAGCAGCUACCCAGUAUACCACACCAUUUAUGAGACAUUUGAACUGGUAGAGAAUUUUUAUGACCCCACAUUUAAAAAACAGCUUUCUGUGGCUCAGUUACGAGGAGCAUUGGUGUAUGAACUUGCAGACUCUACGAUCAUUCCUUUCAAUAUUAAAGACUAUGCAAAAGCUUUGCAGAACUAUGCAACAAGUAUCUACAACUUAUCCAGGAAACAUGACCAGCAAAUGAGAGACUAUGGCGUAUCAUUUGACUCCUUAUUUUCUGCUGUGAAAAACUUCUCAGAGGCUGCUUCAGAUUUUCAUAGAAGACUUACACAAGUUGAUCUUAAUAAUCCCAUUGCAGUGAGAGUCAUGAACGACCAAUUGAUGCUGAUGGAAAGAGCGUUCAUUGAUCCCCUUGGUUUACCCGGGAGGCAGUUCUACAGGCACAUCAUCUUUGCCCCAAGUAGCCACAACAAAUACGCUGGAGAAUCAUUUCCAGGGAUCUACGAUGCCAUGUUCGAUAUUGAAAAUAAAGCAGACCCUCAUUUGGCCUGGACGGAAGUAAAGAAACAUAUUUCAGUUGCAGCUUUUACAAUUCAAGCAGCAGCAGGGACGCUGAAAGAAGUGUUAUAGCCUUAGUCAAGGUCUUAACUAAGUUGUUAUUAAAGGUGUUGCUGACAGUCUGAGGAUAAAGCUGAAGGUUCUUUUUGAUAAUCCACAAAGCCAGAAUGUCCUAAAAUCUUGAUUUCAUGUCACGUUUUGAUCACAGAGUUGUCUUGUUCAUCUCCUCUUUAAAAAUUCAC